AAACGGGAAACGAAAAGAAACCGGGGUCCAUUGUCCUCUGCUGAGAGCAGAGACGCGGAAGAAGAGAGAGCAAUGGUGAAAGCAGUAGUCGGCGAAGAAACCCAACUCAAACGGGUCGAGGAUCGUCUCUCUCAGUCUUCCAUCCUCUCUCAGGUGGGUCUGGUGAUAGGGAAGCUCAGCCCGAGCCUGGACAGAGGGUUCGUGUUCGAUUUGGUCCCGACCCCGCCCAACGAUGCCGGAGAGCCCGCCUGCUCCCUCCUCGACCCGAUCAGAGACGACAGGAAGAAGGGCCCCAAGGGUAAAUCUCAGGGAGGCUCUGAUUCCUCGUCCUUGUCCGUCGACAAGGAUUGGGUCGCUGAGCACGCUCGACAGGUCUCCCGGAUGUUGGUCGGUGGGAUCAAGGUGGUGGGUGUUUACAUAUGGGUCAGCGAUAUCGCAUUCAAAAAUUCAACCAUGGAAAUUUGUCAGACUGUGAAGGCCGUUGCAGAAGCAGCACCGACUGAAUACAAUGAGAGACUUCUCAUCCAUAUUUGUUACAGUCCAAGGAGGUGGACUUGUAAGAAUUUCAGUCCCUCAUCAAAUAUCACAUCGAGUAGCCUACGACCCUGUGAUUUCAAAAUGGGAAAGGUAUUGAAUUCCCUGCAGAGGUUUAGGUCUACUUACAACUUCGAUAUUAGGCUGCCUGUGAGUCAGGAGAUUGCUCUUAAUGUCCGAACCCUAAGCAAUGUUCUUCGGAGGGGAAUUUCGGUCAUUGCUAAAGAAUUAAAAGGUGCGAAAGCACUAGUAGACGGAAAUUUGGUUGUUGCGGAUGAGCCAUGCACCUCAGACGUUUUUCAUGACAUAGAAUUGCUUCUACCCUUCAUGAAAGAUGCAUGUACAGAAGCAUGCGUUCUAGAAAAUAUUGUUGGAGUUCUCAAAUUCAGUGGCUCGGUUUCUUCAUUCGCAUUUCUGACUUCAAAGGAGCUGAUAUCUCAAGCUAUUGCUGAUAUAAAGGGUGAUAUAAUCAUGAGCUUGCAAAGUAGAUUGGAUAUCAUCUGCGAUGAGGCAGAUGCUGAUACGGAUGAAAAUGAAUCAAUCGAUGGUGUAUUGCCUGACAAACUUAUAUCCCAAGCAGACUUGCAGUUGUUAAGGAAACCGAGCACUCUCUCAUUCCCCCAGCGAGUGUUUGCUCCUUGGUUAGCUGGAACAUACAUCUGUGACUACCUACAACCCUCUGAGACACUGCAGGUCCUCAAAGAUCAUUGUGCCGAGCUGUUAUCUGUGGAAGUUCAAACGGAUGCAUUUAAGAUUCUGGAACCAGAACUUGAAGUUUCCUCAGAGAUUGCUAAAUCUUUUUGGGAGGCUGUGACUCCUUCAAAUUCCACUUCUAAAUCUCUGGUGAAGGAGCUCUCAAGUAACUCGACUAGAUCCUCGAGUUUUAGCAUCAUAGCUGCUGUUAUUGUUCUCCUUCUAUCUAUUUUAGUUGGUUUUCUAUUCCUUGCUGCAUUUUAGAUGAAUAAUCUGAACAUCCGUACACCUUAUACACAGAAUUUUGUAUAAGUAAUGGUAAUUCAAUGACUGGAUGUACCGUCUUGUUCACAGAAUUUUGUGCAAGUAAUGGCAAUUGAAUGACUGUCGAUGCAAUA